GGAGAGACAGACAGGAGGAGCGAGCGAGCUGAUGAAUGAUAGUGUCACAGGACUGUCUCACCUCGAUCAGCGGCGUUGGAGCUGUCAAGAUGGCUGUCCUGGGCUCCUGUUAAAGGACUGCGAUAAUUUCAUCCGUGAGACAGUGGCAGAUCAGCAAGUCAUUUCGUCGCGGCGGCGGUAGAAGUAUUUCACAUACACAGAGAUCUGCAGAUGGGUCAGGGUCUGUGGAGGGUGGUGAGGAACCAGCAGCUGCAGCAGCAGUACAGUGAACAGUGCUUCCUCCAGCGGGACAGAGAGCGGGUCCGGAGGGUAGGGCCCCCACUGGCUGAACCGUUGCAGCAGCGCCGCACACCGCAGUGCCAGGUGCCCGGCACCGACAUCAGCCACCUGCUGCGCGUCCGCAAGGGCAAAGAGGAGCAGGGCUUCAUCGAUCUUGAGAUGUUGCCGCCCGAACUCAGCAUCACCAUCCUCUCCUACCUGAAUGCUACCGACCUGUGCCUGGCCUCCUGCGUGUGGCAGGACUUGGGGAACGAUGAGUACCUGUGGCAGGGCCUGUGCAAGUCCACUUGGGGUCACUGUUCCAUAUACAACCGAAGACUUCCAUCUGGAUUUUCAUACAGAAAACUCUACAUGGAAUUAGAUGAAGGAAGUCUAACCUUCAAUGCCAACCCGCAAGAGGGUAUCAGUUACUUCAUGUCCAGAGGUAUUCUUGUGGACCACCCGAAGGAAAUUGCCAAGUUUAUAUUCUAUACCAGAAUGCUGAAUUGGAAGAUGCUGCGGAUUUAUCUCGAUGAACGGCGAGAUGUCUUGGAUGAGCUUGUCACACUUCAUAACUUUAGUAACCAGUUCCUCCCUAAUGCACUGAGAGACUUCUUCAGACACAUUCAUGCCCCGGAGGAGAGGGGCGAGUACCUGGAGACCCUCAUCACUAAGUUUUCUCAUCGUUUCUGUGCCUGUAACCCCACUCUGGUGCAGGAAGUGGGCUUAAGUCCUGAUGCAGUGUACGUGCUGUGCUACUCCCUCAUCCUUCUCUCCAUCGAUCUGACCAGCCCUCACGUAAAGAACAAGAUGUCCAAGAGGGAGUUUAUCCGAAACACACGGCGGGCUGCUCAGAACAUCAGCGAGGACUUUGUAGGGCACCUCUAUGACAACAUCUAUCUGAUCGGCCACGUGGCGGCCUAGGCACUACAGCGCUUGACACGUUAGAGAGAGACUGCUGGCACGCAAAACAUUAGUGACUGCACUAGGAAGGAUUCUGCUUGAAGCUGGAAGAAACACUGUCAGAACUCUGCAGGUCAUUUUAAACUGAAGUCUUGUGAGUGAAGCCCUUGAUAUGAUGCUGCAUUGGAAAAGGAGUGGAGGACAGCCACAAUGUGAAGAAUCAGCAAAAGCGAGUCAGUUGUUAGCAGGCUAGCAAUGGUAGCGACAAGGUAUAUCUACCGCAAACCGCUUAAACAUGCAAAACCAUGUAGCUACAUGAAGAUAUAUGAGAUAAGCUAUGAAGUCAGUUAAAACUGAAUGUAGACUUUAUGGGGCUUGCGUCAUAUUUACAAAGAUAUCUAUAUUUUUUUUUUCCUCGUUCUAAUUUGGAAACCUCUCGUGCUUAUCAAAUGAAUGUCAGGUUUUUUGCCAUAUCUACAAAAUUCAGGCAAGUCUAAGACAUUCAGUCUAUGGUCACUGUGAUAUCAAAGGAUUGACAGACUAAAACAGCACACUUAUAAUAUUGAUUAUGAACAAAAGCAUUUUUUUAUUUUAAUUCUGUGUGUACUUUCUUGUUUUAGGGGGCUUUGUGUUUCUGCAUUGUCACUCAUGUCUCAUCUUCCGUGAGAAGAGUAAAACCCUGUGAGACAUUGUAUGCACUGAAUUUUUAUUAUGUAUCUUUCAUAGGUUUGGCAGUUUUUUUUUUUUUGCUCACCUUCCUUUCUACAGAUUGUUGAUGUUCUUUUUUUGUGCAUCACAUUCUGUUAGACUGUUUUCCAAUCAUUUAUAAAUUAUAUACACAAAAACUUCAUACAAGCAAAAGAAAUGAGCUAUUCAUUUCAUCUAAACAUUUGAGUGUGUUCAGCCAGAGAAAUUUCCUUUUACUCAAAUAAUUCAUUGGACAUCUUGUCUUUUAAUUUAAUAUUUACUCUCAGUUCAUAAAUGUGGGCAUUUUUCUUUUUUCUUUUAUUCAGACUUACUACAAUUGGGUGCCAAUAGUGAGGAUUAAAUACUAUACACAAUAAUGUAGAAUUAUUAUUAUUCACACACUCUGCAUAGUUUAAUUUAAUGUUGGACAUUUUAUUUGCACAUAAUGUAUAUAUUUAAGUAUAUAGAGAUUUAUAAACAUUAAAUUUUAUUUUGGAGUAUUUUAACUAAGAGUUGUGGUUUUUCUCUCAAUUAAAAGAGUGAAUUCUGUCCUUUUGCACUUUUUUUUUUUUUUUUUGGCAUAUUUACCAUGUCACAAUGCUAUGAGCACUCAACCACUCAGAAAACUGCUGCAGCAUUUAUUUGUGAAAUGUCAUGCCAAUAACUACAUAAUUCUGACCAUUGCUAUCUAGUGCUGAAAGAACUGUAUUUUUAAUAACAGAUUACAGCUCAUCUGUCCCUGAUUUUUGAUCUUUAUUUUUACAAUGCUCUGCAUUAAGUAGGUAUUUAUCCAGCAAAUGCAAUUCUGUUUAAACAAAUCUGCUUAACUGUAGUUAAAUUGCAGAAAAGAUUUGUUUAAUAUAGAUUUCAGAAUGAUAACACUGGACUAACGCACUUAUAGAUUGUAACAAAAAAAUAAAUAAAACUUUGCAAAGCGCUGUUUGCAUA